UAGCAGGAAGGGCGGGGAAGGAUAACCCUAAAGACACUUAACUACAUCGCGAUCAGCUCUUCAGUUGUCUGUCCGGACAUCAGAGAGAGAUCUGAGCUGUUGGGCAAAACAUGGAACGCGAAAACUUUAGAAAUUUGAGGCGGAUAUGUACAAUGAGGCGGGACAUCAUCAGAGAGUUUUUGGCGGAAUUGCUGGGGACAUUCGUAUUAAUACUUUUUGGUUGUGGUUCAGUGGCCCAGUCUGUCCUCAGCAGAGGGAAGCAUGGAGAAGAUCUCACCGUCCACUUUGGCUUUACUCUAGGAGUGAUGCUGGCUGUGUACAUGGCUGGAGGCGUGUCAGGAGGGCACGUGAAUCCAGCUGUUUCUCUGGCUAUGGUUGUCCUGGGGAAACUCCCAAUAAAAAAAUUCCCUGUCUAUGUGGCAGCCCAAUUUUUAGGUGCCUUUGCUGGGUCUUGUGCUGUCUUCUGUUUGUAUUAUGGUGCCUUUGCUAAUUUUGCUGAUGGAGCUCUGACUGUAACUGGUACAAAUGCCACAGCAGGUAUAUUUGCCUCAUAUCCACGAGAAGAUCUCUCAUUGCUUAAUGGAUUCAUUGAUCAGGUGAUUGGCACUGGGGCCCUGGUCCUCUGCAUUUUAGCCAUUGUAGAUAAGAAAAAUAUUGGGGCACCUAAAGGAAUGGAGCCUCUGCUUGUUGGCCUGAGCAUCCUGGCUAUUGGAGUCUCCAUGUCGCUGAACUGUGGCUAUCCCAUCAACCCUGCCAGAGACUUGGGACCAAGGCUUUUCACAGCUAUUGCCGGAUGGGGAAUAGAAGUGUUCAGUGCUGGACAUGGCUGGUGGUGGGUUCCAGUUGUCGGGCCAAUGGUGGGAGGUGUGGUCGGAGCGGUGAUCUACUUCCUGAUGAUUGAGCUGCACCAACCUGAGCCAGAGAAGAACCCAGAGGAUGACAACAGUGUCAAAGAUAAAUACGAAUUGAACACUGUAAACUAAAAAGAGAGGGAAAGUAUGGUAUCUUUUCCUUCACCGUAGACCUCAGACAAGAAGCGCUGUUAUUGCUGAUCAUGUGUCCUUGUCUGUCUUUUCCUCUAGAAUCUCUUUUACUCUGUCACUGACCAGAGAGCAGUACUCUUUGCAAUGUCUGUUCUUUACUAGUCCUUCUUUUUGUAACUAUUUAGUAUUUGAAUGAAAGCAUGGAGAGUCCCUUUUGCCAAUUACAUUCAUUUUUAAACUGAUAUUGAGCAGCUAUGAAAUAUGGCUAGGGUUAAUUAUCCCUUAUUUGAGCUGUUUUUCAGUUUCAUAACAGGGGCACAACAAUCAGAAUUUUUUGGCUUAGAAAAAUGGAGAACAAUCAAAGUAGAGGGAUAGCACAUGAAGACUGUUCAUAGAUAAAAGAGCACUAGUGUAGAAAACCCAUAUUCAUUAGAAAUGGUCAUUUGUUUUCCGUGAACAUGGAGCUGAGAAAUUUACCUUUUGUGUGAAGUCUGUUUGUUUGUUUUUUGUUUGUUUUUUUGUAGCUUAUGGAAAACAUCCACUGCUUUCUUAGACCAUCAGUAUUUUACAUUGACAAGUGUUACACAACAGCCAGAAGAAGAUUAGGUGCUAAUAUAUCCACCAAAUUAUUACCUCUGGAAUUUAUAUAGAGAUAAUCCUGAUUUUAGACUGGUUUCUCAAAUUAGCAGAUUUUCAUUAACACACUAUGCAGGUUAUGUAGUGAGAGUUGAAGGAUAGGACUAGGAUAGUAACUACUGUAUAUUCUCUUUCUUUCUUUCUUUCUUUUCAUUCUAUCAUGGUAACAUGCACAUAGCAUCAACCUGACGACCAUAUAGGUGCUUCUGGAACUUGCUAUAAGCAGACACAUGCUUUUCUGUAGUUAAAAUGAAGGAUGGGUACUUUACUUUCCACUCUGUUUUCACAAACAUUAGCAGGCAUCAUUGUCAGUAUAUGUUAAGUGGGAAUUAAUCAACAUAACAGAUUAAUGGGCAUUUAACUGCAUGCAUAACUGCUGAUAAGGUAACACGCAUGAGGUAACAGGACAAAAGUUGCAUGGCAUGCUAAUAAUAAACUUGAAAUGAUCAGUUGAUCAGCUUGAGAAGAAAUAAUUUUGUAUUUAUGCUACAGUGUGUCAAAACUUUCAACAAAAGAAUUUCAGCAGUAUUAUUCAAAAUGGUAUUGUGUUCAGUAUACUGCAGGCUUUUUCACAUUUCUGACUUAGUUUAGUUAAAUGAAGGUUACUACAAUAUUUUAAUGCAUCAGAUGCAAUUAUUUUAGCUAUUGUUCGCACUAUUGAUUUUUUUUUAUUAUGUUUGUUACAGUACAAAGUAUGUUUUUUUAAACUUAUUGUUUAGUCAUGUAUUUUUUGCCACUUUAAGAAUAAAUUGAUAGCAAUUGUAUUUCCUAGUUAUUGUUUGUACUGUUCCAACAGUUCCAAUUAUAUUUUGUAAUAUUUUAUUCUUGCUUUUUUAUUUAAUCCUGUCAGUCAUUUCAGUUCAUGGCACCUCUCCUUAAAUGUUUUAUUUUUUACUUUCUACUCUCUCAUAAAUGAAAUAGGAGAUUAAUUCCUACAUUUAAAAUGUUGAAGAUCAAAUGGCCAUUCUGCUAAUGUACA